AUGGAACAUUCAUCGCGAACGCGUCGUGUCAACGAAAAAAAAAGUAGCAAGCUUGAAUUGUUAAAAAAAAUUCGUGAGGCUAAGUCUAGGGGCGAGCGCUAUAUUGUUGAAACAGAAGAAGAGCCUGUUUACGAAACAGUGGAUGAAAAUACAUACUCAAAAAUCGUCCAGGAACGCAUUGAGGAUGAUUGGAUUGUUGACGACGAUGGUUUUGGUUACGUUGAUGAUGGUCGUGAAAUUUUUGAUGAUCACGAUGGCGAUGUCGAUGAAAAUGAGCUCCAAGGAAAGGGUCACUGUGAUAGAACUGUUUCUAAAAAGAAGCGUUUUAACCGUGACAUUCGUCCGUCAGAGUCCAUUUCUGGUAAAGGUGGCUCUUCUAAGGACAUUCGUCGGAUGUUUUCUACUUCUACAUUGCACCACCAUAAACGAAAUGUGCAGGCAAUUGAUGCUGGCUCUCAGGAUGCUGCACUAGAUGAUUUGCUUGCAGAAUUGGAUACGGAAAUGCCAGCAGUUCCAGCGCCUAAAAGGUCAAGACGGGAGCAGUUACGAAAAAGUCUGCCGGAAAAGAAAGCUAUGCAGCCUCGUACUGCAUUCCAUCCUCAUCAUGACACACACGCAACGAAGUCACCGUUGUCAUCCACAAAUCCUUACUCUCUUAAAGCUAGGCGUAGAGAAACCGCGCCAUUGAAGAAAACACAUGUUGAACCGGGCCUCAUCGACGCCACCGGAUUAGAACCAGAAACCAAGCCUUACGUGGAGGUUAAAGGGCUCGAUGCAGAAACUGUGUGCUCUGCUGAGGAUCCACCAUUGGAAUAUCCUCACAGUGAUUUCAGGACUUCGGCCGCUACAACUUGGCUCAGCGAAGAGGGUGAUGACACACCUGCUAACCAAAUUGAUGUUAAUUAUUCCAUUACAAGCUGUGGUGGUGGUUCUGAAGGCCUACAGUUUUUCUGGGUCGAUGCGUAUGAAGAUUUGAAAAGCCAUCAAGGUGUGAUAUUUCUGUUCGGCAAAGUACCAUGUAAGGACGAUCCAUCCAGCUUCAAUAGUUGUUGCAUUCGCAUUAAAGACCUAGACCAUCGGGUCUUCUUUCUUCCUGAUCCUUCUAAGCCAACUACGAAGAAGUAUUGUUUUGAACAUGUCGAUGUGCCUAGCGAAACUGAAUACCUCGAAGUCCGCUAUUCUGCAAACUUUCCCUCUCUUCCUGCCAAUCUUUCUGGGCGGACAUUUUCACGUGUGUUUGGAUCCGCAGCCUCUUUUCUGGAAAACUUUAUUCUCGAUCUUCAUCUCCGUGGACCUUGUUGGCUGGAGCUCAAAGGAGCAACUCCACUGCAACCUCAACUGAGUUGGUGCAAAGUAGAUUACGAUUUCUCUUUCCAACAUCCCAAUAAAAUUGUGAAGCUUGCCGACGUCUUGAUGACUCGUGGAGACCUCAAAGCCCCUCCUGCCCCUCCCCUUCGCAUGGUCUCCCUCGAUGUUAAGUCGGUUGUGCGCAAAGAAACAUUGUCCUCUGAGAUUAUUGCUGUUGGCCUACUCGUUGAUAAUCACUUUCAUCUCGAUAAGCCUGCUGAAAAAAGAACUUUUCAAUCCCACUACCUUGUUCUCGCACCUCCGAAAGACUCUGUGUUGCCCUACGACCUCUCCAAACGUCUCCCAACAUGGGGCUCUCAGUACCAGCCUCCCUCCAGCAACUGCAGCGAUGGCGUCACUUUGUCAGGUGUUGACGUGGAGCCGAACGAACGUGCCCUUCUUGGUCGCCUUCUGACGCGUAUACACAAAUUGGACCCUGACCUGAUAAUCGGCCACGACCUCUGGGGCAAUCAACUUGACCUUCUCGUUCACCGGCUCAACUUCCACAAAGUCGCUCAUUGGCAUCGGAUUGGCCGGUUGAGGCGGUCUGCUCACUUUGCAGUUAACUUCAAUAGGGCUUGGUUCGUGCGACAUGCCUUGCCUGGUCGUCUAGUUUGCGACACACGCAUUUCUGCGCGGGAAUUAGUUCGUUCUCGCACUUACAACCUCAGCGAGUUAGCGUACCAGAUCCUCGGAGGCGAUGUCAGGUCUCGACGCCAAAUCCCCCUUGCUGUAUCGAACCAAUUCUCGUCGUCUCUGCCCUCGGACGAAAACUUGGAUGAGGCCCUUAUUUCUGGCAUAGAUCUGGAGGUUGACUCAGCUGACCUUCGUUGCUUGUUCACUUCAUCGUCUCUCGUUAAGGAGCUCAUUGAUUUUUGCCUGUCCGACUCAUUACUAGUGCUUCGAUUGGCUCAUCAAUUGCAGAUCAUCCCCCUGGCCCAUCAAAUAACAAGUAUUUGCGGCAACGUGAUAAGUCGAACCCUAGCUGGCGGUCGCUCGGAGCGGAAUGAUGCCCUUCUUUUGCAUGCCUUCACGGAACAGGGCUAUCUGGUGCCAGACGCACCACGCAGUUUUGUGGGUGGAAAGAAGGCAGCCAGGGAUGCACCUGAAGAACUCGACCAGGACGGCAGUGAACGUGUGCAAGGCAGAAGGAAGCCGGCCUAUGCGGGCGGUUUGGUCCUCGAGCCCAAAAUCGGUUUCUACGAUACGUACAUCUUACUCUUGGAUUUCAACUCACUUUACCCGUCUAUAAUCCAGGAAUUUAAUCUCUGUUUUACGACAAUGGAGCGCUCUUUUUUCGCUGCCAAGGAUCCGGAUGAUUCAAACACGGUAAUCAACUUCUUUGCACUUGUAUUGUUAUUCCUAUUUAAUAUUGCCACUUUUCUUAUUCACAUUCCGACCGACAACGAAGAUAUGUACAUCUCAGCCUUAAUAGCUAGUGUAACCCAGGUUGGCGAUGUUGCCUCUGUCACUCGCGAUCAACAGCAUCGCCUUCCAACCAGCCAGGCCCCUGGAAUUCUCCCCUCGGAGGUUCGGCGCCUCGUGGAAAGUCGGAAAGAAGUGAAGAAGUUAAUUGCGUCCGCUUCUGGCGACGCGUCCCUCAAAGUCGCUCAGUGGAAUAUUCGCCAGCAGGCCCUAAAGAUCACUGCGAACUCGGUCUACGGUUGUUUGGGCUUCAGUGCGUCACGUUUCUGUGCUCGUGGUUUAGCUGCCUUGGUGACCGGUCUGGGCCGUGCGCUCCUCGUCAACACGAAGGAGUUGGUUGAGAAUAUGAAACUUGACGUAAUUUAUGGUGAUACCGAUUCCAUAAUGGUGAACACCAACUCCACCGACCUUCUCUCCGCUCUUGCCAUCGGUGAGAAGGUGAAGCACGAUGUGAACAAGCGCUACCGCCUAGUUGAGCUGGACACUGACGGCGUCUUUGCGGCCAUGCUUUUGUUGGCCAAGAAGAAGUACGCCGCACUGUCAAUCACUCGUCCCUUCGAGUAUGCCGAGGUCCUCCGUGCGCGUCCGGAGUUGGCCCUUCAACCGCCACCGGCCAAGGCCGAAUUUAAGGGUCUUGAUAUUGUGCGUCGUGACUGGUGUAGAUUGGCAGCGGAAGUGGGCAAAUUUUGUGUCAACACCCUUCUCUCGGGCAGGAACAGCUCAGAGAAGGUUGUUGAACAGAUCCACGAGCACUUGAGGGCUGUGGCGAGGCAGGUCCGGGAAGGCAGUCUGCCGAAAACUGAUUUUGUCAUCACUAAGAUGUUGACCAAGAACCCAGAGGACUACCCCGACGCCAAGUCACAGCCACACGUCCAGGUGGCGCUGCGUUUCAACCAGCAGGUGGGCGCCGACGGAGGUCACCGGUUCAGAGCUGGAGACACUGUGGAGUACGUGAUUUGCGACGACGGAACGAACCGGUCGUCCGUGCAAAGGGCCUACUCCCCAGCGGAAUUAACAGGAACAGUUCAAGUUGUUAAGAAGGUCGAAGAAGGCGAACAGAAUCCAUCGCCUUGUGUUGGGCUGGCAAUUGAUGUUCACUACUACCUGGCAAAUCAAAUCCACCCUGUCGUUUCGCGUCUCGUUGCCCCAAUCGAAGGCACAUCGCCUGCCCAUAUUGCUGACUGUUUGGGUCUCGACUCCGCCUCUUACCGACGCACAAUGGCAGCUGCUGCAUCCGCCGGUGACGAACAUGGCCUAGGGGAGGCAAGUGGCUAUUCAUAUUGUAACAUUUAUUUUAAUGCAAACGAUGGUUUUAUGUUCUCGGGCAAUUUUUUGAAUGACGCGGAUCCUCUACAGAUAGUCUGUCCUUUACGCUAUGUGGAGGCGAAAAAGUGCUCAGGAAAGGCAGCCAUUCGUACAUCCCCCUUCACACAAUCCGGUCUUGCUAAUUGGGUUUGCCCCGAAUGUAACGAGGGCCUGUUGAACACUGCCAGCCACGCUGUUGCUGUGGUAAACCAGCUGGUACUGCAGGCACGGGAGCACAUCACAGCCUACGAAUGCGGUGUCAUGAUGUGCGAGGACCCCGCCUGCGCCCUGCCAACCCGCGCCCUCUUCUGCCCCCCAUCCGGCGGUGGGUCCGAGGCGUGUCUGUGGACCGCUGCCGGCCACCCCUUGUGUCCCGCUUGCGGCUCCGGCCACAGCAUUCUGCGAACUAAAUACUCAGAAAUACAGCUCUAUCGACAGCUCAUUUUCUACAGACACCUGCUUGAGGAUUUCAAACUAGAUGAUAAAAAGAAUCUAAAUGAUAUGCCCUCCAAUUUGUCGCCAGCGGUGCGUGAUAUUCUUGACUCGGGCCUUAAACACAUCCGUCGCUUUUUAUCGCAGUCAGCCUUUGCUGUCGUUGACCUGGGCCAGAUCUUCGCUGGACUCCGCACCACUCAAGGGACACUCGGCUCCCGUUGA